AUAAAAUUAUAAUUGGAAGUUUCCAUGGAAUUCUGAGAAUCUACAAUCCUCAUCCUAAGAAAACUGAGUCAGGGUGGAGUGGAUUUAAAACAGAAGAUGUUAUUGUAGAACAGGCUUUUCAACAACCCAUUCUUCAAGUUGAAGUGGGCAAAUUUUCUUCAGUGACAGAAAGUAAUCAGCUAGCAGUUUUACAUCCCCGAAAAUUAGCAGUUUAUAGCAUCAAAGGUGAGGCCAUAUUAUUUUAUAAUAUCAAUGCAGCUAAUGAUGUAGAAAUUCCAGGAGAAGAGACCAACAUUCCUUCUAUAACAGCUAGA